AUGUGCCCUCGAAACACAUGCUGUUCUUGUGCUCUCCCUCCCCUACCCCUCUCUCCCGCCCAGGUGAGCACAGUGCGGGGUGACUGGCAAGCAGCAUACACAGCCGGCCCAGAUCAAGCUUUAACCCUCUUUGACUCGGUGCACUCGAAGCUGAUCACAGAGCUGGACUGGCAGGACAUGAAGGCGAGGGGGGUGAACACUGUGCGCAUCCCCCUCCCCUACUGGAUCGCCCAGGAAGACCCCUCCUUUGCCUUCUCCUCCCCUGCUGCUGAUACCGGCAGCAACAGCACCAGCAGCAAUGAUAGCAGCAGCACUCCCACUGCUACUCCAGGAACGCCCGAGUUUCCCUACCCGCCGGGUGCGCUGGCGCAUUUAGACUCGGCGUUUGAGAUGGCGGCUAAGUAUGGGCUGAGGGUCUGGCUGAGCGUGCAUGUUGCUCCUGGGUCGCAGAUCGGAGCUGCUUUUUCCAGAGACGGGUUGAUCCGAUGGUCCGGAUUGAAUGUUGAUCACACGCUCGAUUUCGUCCGUUGGAUCGGCGACAGGUUCGGAGGGAACCCAGGCCUGUUUGGCGUGGGGCUGCUGCACGAGCCUGUCGCCCCGUCGUACUAUGGAGUAUUGGGUGUAGACGGGGAUGAGCUGAGGGAAUACUACAGGAAAGCGCAUGACCUUAUAAGGGAGCGGUGUGCGUGCUGUUUCAUGUCGAUCGAGGGGCGUGUGGGGAAGAGCAUGUGGGACGUGGCGUUUCACAUGCUUGACACGUGGCACCCCAAUGUGCUGUACGAAACGCACCUGUACAAUGUGCUGUCGGGCGUCCCGGUGGCUACCAGGAAGCUUCCUCAGCUGGUGGAGUUGGAGAUAGGGGAGCAGCGGAGCAACAAGGCGAUGCUUCUCGAUGGCGCACAGAGUAUAGGGCGGCCCAUUGUGGUGGGCGAGUUUGGAGUGGCGAUGGCGAGUGUGGGCCCCACAGAGGAGCAGCAGGAGUUCACCCUCGCUCAGAUGCAGGCUCUGGGGCAUGCGCAGGCAGGCUGGUUCUUCUGGUCCUGGAAACUCAAUCUUGGGAUUGCGGAAGCGGCGUGCACCAAGGUGCGGAACGUGCUGAUCGUCGGCGCGGGCAUCUCGGGGGUCUCCGCGGCGCGACAUAUUGCCGUCACCAAUGGCGAAUGCUUCAAGGUCACGGUGCUCGAGGCGCGCAACCGCGUGGGCGGGCGCAUGUGGAGCCGCACGGAGCCCGCGCCGGCCGCAGGCGUCGGCAGCGGCGGCGUGAUUCGUGGCGAGAUGGGCGCGCAGUGGAUCCAAUCCGCGACAGGCAACCCCAUCACGGCCAUUGCGCGCCGAUUCAAGCUCAAGAUCGUUGAGCAGAACGGCGAGGAGAUUCAGUACCGCGCGGGUGGGAGCGCGUACACUUCCUUUCAGCUAAAAGUCGCGUCGGCUAAGUACGACUGGGCGCUGAAGCGCGCCAAGCAGAUCGCGAAUAAUCAGGAUAACGACAUAUCGAUGGAGAAGGCGUUCCGAGCCGCGGGGAACUUCCUGAACCCGUAUAUCCAGUCGCGAGUGGCGGUGGACUUUGAGUUUGAAUACUCGGGGGAGCUCUCGACUCUGUCUGCGUGGUACUACCAGGACGAGGCGUUUGACGGUCCGGACCUGGUGGUCACCAACGGCUAUGAUAACAUCCCCAAGAUGCUCAUGCAGGGAUUUCGAAAGUCUCUAUCGGACGGAAGUGUGUGUGGGGGGGGAAACGUGCACGGGAGUGUGUGCAUGGGAGUGACUGUGGCUGUGUGCUCAUUCCUCACUCUCCCUCAAUGCAGCAGUUCUCACUCCCUUGCUUCCUCACUCUCGCUCUAA